AGCGCACGCCCUCCAUGGAUGGCACCAAGCAGAACCGUUUGGCAGGGAAAACCAUACACUGCAAGCAGACCUCGCCGUUACCUCGGGCCUGAUGGCGCGGUCGCAAACGUGGCCCCACCCCCUUCUUCCCGGCGUCCGUGCGCAGGGGGCGGGACGUCGCUACGCAGAUGGGCACGUGGCCCACCGACAGCCCUCCCAGCCCGCCCCCAGCUCAGCCACCUCCUCUCGGAGAAAGCAGCUGGGGGCGGAGACGGAGAUCAGCUCUGCGCUUUGCGGCAUUGUAUGACGUCACGUAGGCGUGGCUUCGGAGGCGAGCAAAGGGCGGGACCAAGGCCAAGAGCCCGGCAGUUACGCCACUCACACUUGCGGAAGAGUUGACGGGACAGCGGUGCAGGCCAAUCGCAACCAGUCCUCUGGAGGCAGGGAGACUGGGGUGGAGACUUCGGAGACUGCAGUUGCAGUUGUUCCGUGUAGGCUGUUGUUGACUCUCGUAUGAAAGCCCACGCGAUCCAAGUGCCCUGCAGGUUUUGGUCCAGGGAAAAGUUGGUCUCUGCAGAUGACUGUAAAUGACUACCUGGAGGUCGAUUAAAGUGCAGUACUGCGGGAUUCAGCCGAUUUCCUUCUUCCUCUGACUGCCCGGAAAUAUCAGCCAAAGGCCAGCGUCUCACAACAGUCCAGUGUCAUAGAUGUGUCCACUUUGCAGAUGAGGAAGUCAAAGCCUCAGAGAGCCUAAGUAGGAAUCACUACUAAGUAGGAAUCACUAUUCUAAGGACAUAUGGAAUUGGCUAUGGAUAAUUCAUAUGCUUUCAAUCAACGAAGCACCUGUAAUGGAAUUCCGUCUGAGAAGAAAAACAACUUUCUUGUGUCAGAAGAUCAUGGACAAAAAAUCUUAAGUGUACUACAGAAUUUUAGAGAACAAAAUGUCUUUUAUGAUUUCAAAAUAAUUAUGAAAGAUGAAAUAAUCCCAUGUCAUCGUUGUGUGUUAGCAGCAUGCAGUGACUUUUUCAGGGCUAUGUUUGAAGUAAACAUGAAAGAAAGAGAUGAUGGAAGUGUUACCAUCACUAAUUUGUCCUCCAAAGCAGUAAAAGCAUUUCUCGAUUAUGCCUAUACUGGAAAAACAAAAAUAACAGAUGAUAAUGUGGAAAUGUUCUUCCAGUUGUCAUCAUUUCUUCAAGUUUCCUUCCUAUCCAAAGCUUGCAGUGACUUUUUAAUAAAAAGUAUUAAUCUUGUCAAUUGUUUACAGUUAUUAUCUAUAUCAGAUAGCUAUGGCUCCACCAGUUUGUUUGAUCAUGCAUUACACUUUGUACAACAUCACUUUUCUUUAUUAUUUAAAUCCAGUGAUUUCUUAGAGAUGAAUUUUGGAGUACUACAAAAAUGUCUGGAAUCAGACGAAUUAAAUGUUCCUGAAGAAGAAAUGGUACUGAAAGUUGUCCUUAGUUGGACUAAACAUAACUUAGAAUCAAGGCAAAAGUAUCUGCCUCAUUUGAUUGAAAAAGUAAGAUUGCAUCAGUUAUCUGAGGAGACACUUCAGGACUGUCUGUUCAAUGAAGAGAGUUUACUCAAAAGCACAGACUGUUUUGACUUAAUCAUGGAUGCAAUUAAGUGUGUGCAAGGUUCUGGUGGACUCUUCCCUGAUGCUCGACCAUCCACAACUGAGAAAUAUAUAUUCAUUCACAAAACUGAGGAAAAUGGAGAAAAUCAAUAUACAUUUUGCUAUAAUAUUAAAACUGAUUCAUGGAAAAUACUGCCGCAAUCACACCUGAUUGAUUUGCCAGGAUCUAGUCUUUCGAGUUACGGAGAGAAAAUAUUCUUGACAGGUGGUUGCAAAGGGAAAUGUUGUAGAACGGUUCGACUGCAUAUUGCUGAGUCAUAUCAUGAUGCCACUGAUCAAACCUGGUGCUACUGUCCAGUCAAAAACGAUUUCUUCUUGGUAUCAACUAUGAAAACACCAAGAACCAUGCAUACAUCAGUUAUGGCUCUCGAUAGAUUAUUUGUCAUAGGUGGAAAAACUAGAGGAUCCCGGGACAUUAAAAGUCUUUUAGAUGUUGAAUCUUACAAUCCGCUUUCCAAAGAAUGGAUAUCUGUUAGCCCAUUACCCAGAGGCAUAUACUAUCCAGAAGCAAGUGCAUGCCAAAAUGUAAUUUAUGUUCUUGGAUCAGAGGUAGAGAUUACAGAUGCUUUUAACCCAUCACUUGAUUGCUUUUUUAAAUAUAAUGCUACAACUGAUCAGUGGUCUGAACUAGUAGCAGAGUUUGGACAAUUUUUUCAUGCAACAUUAAUUAAAGCUGUACCAGUAAACUGUACACUGUAUAUAUGUGACCUUUCCACCUAUAAGGUUUAUAGUUUUUGUCCAGACACUUGUGUUUGGAAAGGCGAAGGAUCUUUUGAGUGUGCAGGCUUUAAUGCAGGUGCAAUUGGAAUUGAAGAUAAAAUUUAUAUAUUAGGUGGUGAUUAUGCACCAGAUGAAAUCACGGAUGAAGUGCAGGUCUACCACAGCAACAGGUCUGAGUGGGAAGAAGUUUCACCAAUGCCUAGAGCCUUAACAGAAUUUUACUGCCAGGUGAUUCAGUUUAAUAAAUACAGAGACCCAUGGUUUUCUAAUCUAUGUGCUUGAACAUUCUAAAACGAGUCCAGUUCUAGUAACGUAAACUUGUUAACCAAAAUGAUAGGUAAAAAGGUCUAUACAUCUUAAUGGAAUAAAACGUUCCUGCUUUUAGUUAUUAUGUAUGUACACCAUAUAUAAAUAAACAGUUUCCCAAAACUUAAAAUACAAAAUAUAUUUUACCAAAAAUUAUAUUGAAUAUAAUUUAACCUUGGGGAAUCCAGAGUACUUAGUAUUUUCACAUGAAACUACAAAUCACAGACUCUGACACUUUAAUUUUUAAAGUACUCCGUCCAUAAAAGAUUUGUACUAUUUAGAUGGGAGAAAUCUCUUGAGAGAGUAAAAAUGAAUUACACUGCAUCUUAUAUGAAGUAAAAAAUACAUUAGCGGUGAGAAUCUUGUUACUGUGGGUAUGAGUUGUUGAAUUCCUAUCAUUUGUGAUGAUUGGUUAACUUCUUUUAGGUACCCUUUUUACCCUUUUUUAGUUCAGAAAUAAUUUUCCCAGCUUUAUAAACAGUACACUAAAAAUAGUUUAAUUUUUUUAAUGACUCAUUUUUUCAUUAAGAGCAUAAUGUCCUAUGUUAUAAUGCCAUUAGCAGUUACUUAAAUGCUUUAAAAAUUGCUGAUUCUAUUAGUUUUCAGUGUCAGUUGGUUUCAAUUUCUAGCUCGUGCUCUCUCUCUCUCUCUCUCUCUCUCUCUCUCUCUCUCUCUCUCUCAUUUUCUGGUUCAAUCUUAGUAAAUUAACAUUCUGGAUUUAAUUAGUAGUUCUAAGUUACACCUGGCCUGAGUUUAUGUUAGCAUGUAACCCUCAAUGGGAAAUUUUUGGAUUCUGGGAUGUUAGUACUAAAAUACUUUUUAUGUGUCACUGCUAGAUUCCAGCCUAAUUGAGGACAUAGAAAAUUGACCUCUAAUUAAGUGGAUCAUUAUUAUUGCAUUUCUUAAGCUUUGUCUAAAUUUUAGCUACAUAAAACAUUUCAGGAUUUAAAUUAGUACCAUAUCAAUUUUCUGUGAUGAUGUACACCAACUAUAAAGCACCUUGUUGGUUUACUACUUCAGUAAAUUAUUCUCAGUGAAUUACUUUCUAAAUUUAAAAAAAAUGACUUGGCUAUUGGUACUGAUAAUAGUAUUCACGACCUGCAUCUGUUAAGAUGUUUGAUCUUUAACCCAAACAGUGUAAGAGUACUGUUGUCAUUGUUCUCAGGUAGGUGAUUCUGCCUUCCAAGAAUAUAUGUUUCUUUAAUCAGUUUAAAAGAUAAAAGGCAUUUUGGGUUUUAAGACCCCUGCUUUACAUCUCAGGUAAUGUGUAGAUUGUAUUUCUCUGGAACCAAAUGUAGUUUUCUACACUCAGUUGUAAAUGUUAAUCUUUCUCAAAUGUGCACAUUCUUUAAAAGUGUGUUCCUAAGUAGAAAUAUACUUAAAUGAAGAUUCUCUUAUUUUAUCAUAUAAAUUUAUGCAACCAUAAGUUCCAAAUGUAUUUUUCAAAAUGGAAUGGAAUACUAGAGUACAUUUUCAUGAAGUUUAAAAAUCAAGGAAUGUUCCUGAUUAGAUGACAUAUUUAUAAGGAGUGUUCUGUAAAAUUGGUGGCCUUCCUAUCUAAGCACAUGAGUAGUUGGCUCUGUACUUUGCGUGUUUAAAAAAAAUGGAAAAUUCAGUGGAGGCUUUUGUUUGUGUGUGUGUGGCUUUGAAAACAAAUUAUUUGAGAAAGACCAUAACACAGUGAAUAACCUAUAUGUGGAUUUACUGAACUGUUAAUUUAAGCAUAUAUAUUAAUAGAGUAUGUUUAAAAUAAAUAUUGUUUUCAUCACUGACUUUAGGAAUUGUUCAUCUAUUUCAGAAAGGAGAAACCCAAAAUCAAAUCCCUUUUUGAUAUUGCUUCAUUGUUCUAUCAUCUUCUUGAUUUCCACUGCUGUUCUGAUUGGCCUUUGCUUUAUGCUAAUGUUUCCAGAAACAUUCUUGUUAUCAAAGCCUAGGUGGCUCCCUCUGCAUUUGAUUUAAUACAUUUUCUGAUGCAGAAGGUUUUCUGCCCUAGUUUUUUUUUUUUUUUUAAUAAUUACUGUGGGUUACUUUUUAAUCAUUUUCACUGAUUGCCAUCCCUUUACAUCUGUACCUUUGUUCUCUCCACCAAUUAUCACUGCAAGGAAAAUACUCUGUCUAAUCAAAAAACCUCCAACUGUUUGCAUACUGUUUUUUUUCCUGGUCACCAUAGCAAUCUGUGCUAGACUCCACUCCACUAACUCCUCUCCUUUCAUAUUCUGCCUCUCCUUAUAAAGCACUUUCAUUUGAUCUGUCUGCCUUAUUGGAGAACGGUUUUGUGUCUUCAAAGUCCUCAAGGAACUCGACCACACAGGAGCAAUGACUACACUCUGGUUAUAUCCUCUGGUCUUGUUAAUGACUGUGGCUUCACUGUCUAAGAACCAUAUAUAUUAUUCUGACUUCACCUUCCUUUCUGGAUUUCUGACCUGCAAAUCUCAGUGAUCCAUCCAGUCUAUUCUCAGUACCUCCAGAAGGAGCUGUUUUUUCUGUCUGUGAGGUUAGGUAAGAGAAAAUAACAUCCUUUUAUGGGCUCUUAGUCUUUUUUAAAGUCUGUUUUCCUUUCAUUAUAUCCUUCAGCCAGUGCUACAGUGUAAGAGACAAAAAAAUUAUGCUCAUUAUCCGGAUUGCUAUCAUUCCUGUGGAAAAAUUCUAUUUAACAUUUCUAAAUCCAUUACCAUUUGUCUUGCUCCACUACAUUUGCAUUAUGCAUGCCAAAAAUAUUUUAAUAUUGUAAUGUCUUCUAAAAUUGAAAAGUAGGUAUAUGGCAUUAUUAAAUACAAAAUAGAGUAUAUUUAACACAUGAGAUCCAUUCAAAGUUAAUGGACAUUCCUAAAAUGUGGAGAACCUUUUGUUCAUCUACACCCUUUGAAACUAAGUAGUAUGAGGAAUAUUUACAUAAUCAAAGCUAACUAUUUUCCCAUAAUCAGCUCUGGUCUGGGGAGUGAAGGAGGUCGUUAUCACAGCAAUAUUCAUUACAUGCUACCCUUGAAAGCUGGAUUAGUAUUCAAGAGCGACCACAUGCUGCAAUAUGAUUCCAUAUUUCUCAGAUACCAAGAAGAGCAAUUGAAUAUAUGUUCAGUGUGCUUAUUAGCUCAAGGUAUACCAUUUGAAAAUCAGAAUUAAGCGCAGAGGGAUACAUCUGUUUACAUUUUGAGAUUUGAAUGUAAUAAAUAUUAUAAUGUCAUGAUUAGUUGAAUAUAUAAUGUAACUUUAAGAUCAUCAUGCUCAGUUUAAUUGGAUCUAGUGUUGUGGAAACUCUUAUUUAGAAUUGAAAGUAUAAAUCUCAAAAAUGUUCUCUGAGGGGGGCAGCUCUGAAUGGCAACCUAAACACAAAGGCUGAAAAUUAUAGGGAGCGUAUUUCUGUCCAGUGUAAGAAACAACUUUAUAGUCAUACUUUAGAAUGAAACCAGUUACCCAAAACUGUGGCAUAUGGAAGAUCAUUAGCUCAAUAAUUUCCUAUAUGAAAGAGCAUGACCAAAGAUUUCUACAUUCUAUUACACAUCUCAAUCUCCAUCAUUUCUGAUAUAUGUUUUCUCCUCCAACUUAUUUAGCAUUUUAGGCAUUGUGAAUAACUUGAUUCAGUGGUUCUUGAUACUCACGAUUUUUCAAUAGAAACUGAGUCUUAAAACUACACCAUUUUUGGAACUAUAUAUUUAUUCAAGAUAAAUUUUUUAAUUAGGAAAAUUUGUAAAUGGUGCUGAUAUUUACAGUGAGCUGCUAGUUGGGAUUUUUCCUUUGAUUUGCCAUAGAGGUAUGUUCAUUUUAUAAUGAGUAGAAACUGAAAGAUCAGUACCUACAAUUUUCUCCUAAAUUAUUAUUUUUCUGCAUAGUAUUUAUACUGGCAAGGGUAGUAAUUUUACUUAAAUAUUAUAUAAUGUGAAAGAAUAUGUCUUAAACAUCUAGAUGUGUUUAUAAAAUAUAUUCAAUGACUGAUGCUUGAUCAAAUUUAAUGUCAAAAUGGGGAAUUCAAUCACAGGGAAAUACUAUUAUACAUUUACCAAAAGAUAACUCUUCUAAAUCAUAGACUCAUUCAAAUUUGAAAAUAACCUUGGAAGCUAAUGCAGCUUCCAAGCCUGCUAUAGAAAUUUCCUUUAAAUUGUAAAACACCCUGACAUCCAGUUUUUGUUUUUUCAAUUUCUAAAUUGGUGUUUUCAGUGGUUAAGAAUCACUAUCUCCACGUUUGAACAGUUCUAAUAGAAAAUUCUUCCUAACACUGAAAACAAGUCUGCCUCCCUGUAAUAACUUCCAGGCCUUGGUCCUAGGUCGCUGUCUUCACAUGCCAGUCAUUUAAGUGUUUGAACCAAUACCAUGUCUUCCAUUCCUCCAAAAUCAAGACCUCAUUUUUAUUCUUGUUCAAAUGCUUGGCACUUUAACAUCUCCCACAAUAGCUGAUGUUAUGUAUCUUCUUGUACAAUUACCUCAGACAAUCUAUCCUACCUAGCUCUAUUGAUUUUAUGGUGGAUUGCGCCUGACCAGUGUUGCAGAAUCUGUUUCUUGUAUGGACCUUGCCUCCCUGUCUGUUCUCAGUGUGCUUGAUAAUUCAGACAUGUCAUUCCCUCAUUUAGCUCUUUAAAUCUUAUAUAUCCCAUUUGGACUGGAGUCCUGCUGUGUCUCCCUUCUCCUACUCAUGCCCAUCAACAUAAUCACAACCAUAUUUUCUGGGAGAGGAAUUAUGAAGCCAAAUGUUAUUAAGUCAAACAAUUUGUCAUUAGAUAUGGUUUGAAGACUUUUAAAAACACUAAAGAAAACUCCAGAAACUAUAAAAAAAAUAGAAACCAAAGCAGUCACACCCUUGGUGGUGAAUGAGAGGACAAUAGGCUCACAAAUCAAUACUGACCAGCCUUAUGACAAUAACAAUCUAAAUUUAGAGAUUUGUGCAGCUAGUCCAUUUGGAUAGAGCAUGAUAUUUUCAUAAAACAAGACUAUAAUUAAAUAAGUCUAUGAGUCAGAUAGUUUUGUUCAUCUCACUAACUUUGACAUUCCCAACCAUAAAAGUCUAACUAGCUCAACAAAUUGUGCUGAUGGUCUCAAGGGUAACAAGAUUGCUGAAAUAACUCAGAGUACAGUCCUCCAUUAAUGAGUAUCAUAUUGUAGUAUAAAUGUUUCUUUAUAUGUCUGUCUUCCUCAUUUAACUAGAAACUCUUAGGGAUAAGGACAUAUCUUCAGCAUUUCUGGGCCCAGCAGUUGGCAGAGUGCCUGUCAUAUAAUAAAGCAUCCAAUAAGCUGAUAGUAUAUUGACCCAAUAUGUGAAGCAAGAUAUAUUUUAGUUGUUUCUGAAUCAGUUUGGUAUAUCUGUAUUUUUUUUUUACUUAUUUUCAUAUGAAAAGGAAAUUAUUUUGAUUUAUGUUAGAAUUUCACAUUUUAGAAUGCUACCACAUUGUACUUUCUUAAUGUACAUGUUAAUUUUUUUGUAAUAUUAAUCUUGCAUAUGUUCAAAGUCUCUGAGAAAAUUGGUUUAGGUAGUUUAUGCAACUUUAGUUGUUGUAGUACAAUAAAUGGAAAAGUUAAUCAAAAGCAUUUUUUUAGAGUGAAAUUGCAUUAUACAAGUGCAUUGCCAAUCUUUGGAGAGCAUGUAUAUAUUAUAAUUGACUGUAUAGUUAUGUAUGUAUUGUUGGGUCUUGAAAGUGAAAUUAUAGAUUCAAAGUCAUUUAUCCACUUAAUUUCUUAAUGCUUGGGGAGUAUUCGUUUUCAGUGAAUUUUCAUUAUAAUAUUUAAUUCUCUGUUUCUUUUCAAAGGCAAUAAUGGAUAAAACAAUGAUUGCAAAUUUCCCAUUUCUCCUACAGAGCAUAAUAGUGUCAACGGCCUUUUUCCCACUCAGGCAGGGGAGUAGUGCCCAAAGCUAUUUACAUUGCACACACAACUUACUUCAUUUCUCUGUUAGUGGAAUGUGGGCUUUUGCAUAUGCUAUGAGAACUAAAAUUAGCAUUUUUGAGGUCCAUGUUAACCAUAUUAACAUGUAGUAAAACAUUUCAAUUCUAUAAAAUAAUUUAUUAAAAUGUAUCUCAGAAAAAUA